AUGGCCGAUGGUAACAAGAGGAAUAUCCCCAUCAAAUUGGGCGACUUCAGCAUUCUCGAUACAGAAUUCUCAAGCAUUCGUGAGCGUUUCGAUGCGGAAAUGCGCAAAAUGGAAGAUGAGAUGAACAAGUUCCGGCAUGAGCUGAUGUCGCGCGAGGCAAACUUCUUCGAGUCCAGCAGUUCUACUAAAAAGACAACAACAAAAACCAGCAGCAGCAGCGCACAAAACUCACUCUCCCGUCCAGCUGCCAGACCAAAUAUCGAUUUCGCCACCUCACCUCUGAUUCAGGAUGAUGGCGAUAGCAAAGUGUUGAGGUUGCGGUUCGAUGUAAACCAAUACGCCCCCGAAGAAAUCGUUGUCAAGACUGUGGAUCAGAAAUUGAUGGUGCACGCCAAACACGAAGAGAAAUCGGACACGAAGAGCGUCUACAGGGAGUACAACCGUGAGUUCCUCUUGCCAAAGGGCGUCAAUCCCGAGUCCAUACGCUCGUCGCUCAGCAAGGAUGGCGUCUUGACCGUGGAGGCGCCACUGCCCGCUAUCACCGCCGGCGAAACCAUGAUUCCCAUUGCACAUAAGUAAAUUAAUCCAAUAACAACAGCAACAACAACGAAAUUAUUAGCAACAACUGCCGCCAGCAAGCAAAUAAGAACAAUAACAACAACAAAUAGCAGCAAAGCGGAUGCAACAGUUGUCAAUUAGCGGUCCGAAUGUGAAAUGCAACAACAACAACAACAACAGCAAAAUUGCUGCCGCAAAUUAUUCUUUUUGGACAUUAAUUUUAACUACUUAAAAGAAA